CGGGGUAAAGUUUAAAGUUCCAGAUUCACACUUAUCAACGGAAGUUUUCGGCUAUCGCCACCAUUUUGAAGCUUGGUCAUUUAAACCAAUCAAACAUUCAUGAUUUCUAUGAUGACUUGAACCUAUUCGGAAAUAUUUACAACCUCAACUUCCCCUCUACGACCCUUUACACUGACAACAACUCUCAAUUGGGCACAAAAUACAUAUCGAAAAUGCUUUCGCGAAAUGCGCCUUCUGCAAAGGCGGCCUCUACACUUUCCACUCGAAUCCUAUCCUCCUCAGCAGCAGCACGAUUAUCUCCUUCGAUCUCUUCGGUACAACAAUCUAGAGGACUUGCCACAGUCGCCGAUACACCACCUCCACCAAAGAAGACGCAAUGGGGUGGAUUAAGGGAUCAAGAUAGAAUUUUUCAAAACUUGUAUGGACAUCACGGAGCGGAUCUGGCCAGUGCGAAGAAGUAUGGUGAUUGGCAUAGAACGAAGGAUAUUCUUGCAAAGGGACAUGACUGGGUAUGUUGGAAAGGCCGAUACUAUGAUGAGGUUUGAGAGUUAACAUAGGAAUAGAUUAUUUCCGAAAUCAAGGCUUCAGGUUUGAGAGGUCGUGGUGGUGCUGGUUUCCCUUCUGGUAUGAAAUGGGUAGGUUUGAUGUUUCACAGAGCAAAUCAACAAGGCUAAAGCUAUGAUAGUCAUUCAUGAACUUCAAGGGUUGGGAAAACGACAACAAGCCAAGAUAUCUUGUAGUCAAUGCAGACGAGGGAGAACCUGGAACUUGCAAAGACAGAGAGAUUAUGCGAAAGGAUCCACACAAACUUAUCGAAGGAUGUUUAGUUGCAGGAAGAGCAAUGAACUGUACGGCAGCAUAUAUCUAUAUUCGUGGAGAAUUUUAUCACGAAGCUACCGUCUUACAACGCGCGAUUCAGGAAGCAUACAAGGAUGGUUUAAUCGGAAAGAAUGCUUGUGGUAGUGGAUAUGAUUUCGAUGUAUACGUCCAUCGUGGAAUGGGAGCAUAUGUUUGUGGUGAGGAAACAUCUUUGAUUGAAUCACUCGAAGGUAAACCAGGAAAGCCACGUCUCAAGCCCCCUUUCCCUGCUUCUGUCGGUCUUUUCGGUUGUCCAUCAACAGUGGCAAAUGUCGAAACUAUCGCUGUUGCACCAACAAUUUGUCGAAGAGGUGGAGAUUGGUUCGCUUCAUUUGGUCGAGAACGUAAUGCUGGUACCAAACUCUUCUGUAUCUCUGGUCAUGUCAACAACCCAUGUACCGUUGAGGAAGAAAUGAGUAUUCCUCUUAGAGAACUCAUUGAUAAACAUUGUGGUGGUGUUCGUGGAGGAUGGGAUAACCUUAAAGCUAUUAUCCCUGGAGGAUCCUCUACACCACUCUUACCAAAGAAUAUUUGUGAUGAUCAAUUGAUGGAUUUCGAUGCACUGAAAGAUAGUCAAUCUGGUUUAGGAACGGCAGCAGUUAUUGUCAUGGAUAAGAGUACUGAUGUUGUUCGUGCCAUCUCAAGAUUAAGUCAUUUCUAUCGACAUGAAUCUUGUGGUCAAUGUACGCCAUGCAGAGAGGGUAGCAAGUGGACCGAACAAAUCAUGAAAAGAUUUGAAAAGGGUCAAGGUAAAAUACGUGAGAUUGAUAUGUUACAAGAACUUACAAAACAAGUCGAGGGUCACACUAUUUGUGGUAUGUAUAUCUUUCGAUAACAUGAUGACUUUCACUAACAAAUAUCAAUAGCUCUUGGAGAUGCUUUUGCAUGGCCUAUUCAAGGUCUUAUUAAACAUUUCAGACCAGAAUUGGAGGCAAGAAUGAAGGAUUAUGCAGAGAAGAAUGGAGGACCGCCAUUGGCUGGUGGUUGGAAUAAUAAUGCAUUGCAACAAGGUAAACUUAUUUCGCCUGGACAAUAGAUUUUGAAGCGGAGCAUUAAAUGAAAUGGAAGUGAUGGGUGGAAUGGUAGACUGUUCAUAAGAGGUCGUAAAUGUAUUUAUUGAUGUUAAGCAUGGGUGCUUUUAUUUCAAUGGCAAGCAAAUAUUUCUAGU